CAAUUCUAGUUUAUGUGUAAAAAUAAUAUUAUCUAUGUUUUCAUUAUCGAACUCUUUUCAUUGUGCCGUUAGUGAACCUUUAUUUUGUAAAUAAAUUGUUUAUAUAAACAUUUAUAGUUCAGUGGAAGUAAAUCUUCUUUUUAAGUGUAACUAUAUCCGUAAUCAAUGCCCUACAUUUUGAUUAGAGGUAAUUUGGCCUCUUACGGACACAAAAAUCCUUGGCGCGUGUUAGUGUCUGGCUUGAAAGCGGAAGAUAUAGAAGAACUCAAGAGAUUUGCGUGCGGAGGUUACUGUGACAAUUCCACAAUAGUCUACUUACAACAUCCCUGCGUUAUACUGAGUGCUUUAGAAGUUUUGGGUUACAAAGUAGUUGCUUCUAGUUCAACAGCAGUUAAACAAGAUUAUAAUGAGUAUAUGUGGACAAUGAGAAAAGAGUUUUCUGAACCAGAACCUUCAAUUAUUGUUGAGCAAGACAACAUCACCAAUUUUAGUAAAGAAGCAAUGCACUUGAGCAACUACCACUCAAAUAAAGACGACGAAGUUUAAACAUUACUUUACUGGAAAAUAAAAAUUG